AUGAAGGCCUUCUUAGCAAGUGCCCAGUCAUCGCAAGAAGAUGACCCUGAGUUGAAGGUGUGGGCGAAACAGGUCAGAGAUGUUACAUACGAUGUAGAGGAUAUUCUGGAUGAAUUCAUGCUCAACUCGGCAAGAGAUCACGGACAUGGGUUCAUCAGGGAGUAUGCUUUUCAAGUCGAGGAAGGUGAACUGGUGGGGAUUGACAAGUCAAGAGAGGAGCUUAUUAAGUGGCUUGUUGAUGGAGAACUCGGACUUGAAGUUGUGUCAAUGGGGGGUUCAGGGAAGACCACUUUGAAUAUCUUGAGGGACAUAAUUGCACAACGACAUGGAGAAAUUCAGCAACCGGUUCCUCAAGCUCUAGAAUCCAUGAGUAUCGCGAGCCUCAAGCAGAUACUGAAAGACUUUCUGCAGCAAAGAAGUUACAUCGUUGUUCUAGAUGAUGUAUGGAACUUGCAAGCACUAGAAGGUAUAAAAAAUGCAUUGCCUAAUAACAGCUCCUGUAGCCGAAUAAUAAUCACUACUCGCAAAGCUGACAUUGCUACUGUCUCAUCCCACCCAUCAAAAGUUCAUUCUCGUAAGCCCUUAUCUCCAGAUGAAUCAUGGUCCUUAUUCUGCAAGAAAGUCUUCCGUGGGAAACCCUGUCCUCCUCACCUAGAACACCUUUCUCGGCAGAUUUUAAAAGAAUGCGAGGGUUUACCUCUUGCCAUAGUGGCAAUUGGUGGUCUUCUCUUUGCAAAAGAUGUCCAAGAAUGGGAGAUGAUUACUCGCAGCCUUGCUGCAGAACUAGAAAGCGAUGGCAGGAUGAAAAUUUUCGGGAGAAUUCUCAGCUUGAGCUACAAUGAUUUGCAUGAUAACUUGAAAAGCUGCUUUUUGCUCAUCCCUUCACAAGUUCCCCCGACCAAUGCCGGUUCUGUGCCACUUGAAGUAUCUAAGUUUGAGAGGGACGCAAACGUUGGUCUCUGCGCUGCCUGUGGAGAUAACCAAGCUCACGAAAUUACAGAAUCUGUUGGUGUGAUUCAGAGCUCGCAUUUCCUCUACCCUUCGGUCCUAGAAAGGGAUUUUCGGCGAGGACAUGGGAGCGCUAAAAUCACUGCAAAAACUGUGCUAUGUGAAAGCUGGAGGUGGUCGGAGCAAGAAUGCAAUGCAAGAGCUGGGAGAGCUAAAUCAACUAAGGAGGCUGGGUGUAACGGACCUGAAGAAAGACAAAUGCUGACUGGCUUGUGA